CUUCCCUCCUCCCUCCCCUGGGCCCUGCUCCCUGCCCUCCUGGGCAGCCAGGGCAGCAAGGACGGCACCAAGGGAGCUACCCCAUGGACAGGGCCCCACAGAGACACCACCGAACAUCUCGGGAGUUGCUGGCUGCAAAGAAGACCCACACCUCACAAAUCGAAGUGAUCCCUUGCAAGAUCUGUGGGGACAAGUCAUCUGGCAUCCACUACGGCGUUAUCACCUGUGAGGGGUGCAAGGGCUUCUUCCGCCGCAGCCAGCAGUGCAAUGUGGCCUACUCCUGCACCCGUCAGCAGAACUGCCCCAUUGACCGAACCAGCCGCAACCGAUGCCAGCACUGCCGCCUGCAGAAGUGCCUGGCUCUGGGCAUGUCCAGAGAUGCUGUCAAGUUCGGCCGAAUGUCCAAGAAGCAGAGGGACAGUCUGCAUGCAGAGGUGCAGAAACAACUGCAACAGCAGCAGCAACGGGAACAAGUAGCCAAGACUCCUCCAGCUGGGAGCCAUGGAGCAGACACACUCACAUACACUUUAGGGGUCCCAGAUGGGCAGCUACCACUGGGCGCCUCACCUGACCUGCCCGAGGCCUCUGCUUGUCCCCCUGGCCUCCUGAGAGCCUCAGGCUCUGGCCCACCAUAUUCCAAUACCUUGGCCAAAACAGAGGUCCAAGGGGCCUCCUGCCACCUUGAGUAUAGCCCAGAGCGAGGCAAAGCUGAAGGCAGAGACAGCAUCUAUAGCACUGACGGCCAGCUUACUCUUGGAAGACGUGGACUUCAGCUUGGGGAACCAGAACAGGGCCCAGACAGCCACUGCAGUCCCAGUUUCUGCAGUGCCCCAGAGGCACCAUAUGCCUCUCUGACAGACAUAGAGUACCUGGUACAGAAUGUCUGCAAGUCCUACCGAGAGACGUGCCAGCUACGCCUGGAGGACCUUCUACGGCAGCGCACCAACCUCUUCUCACGGGAGGAGGUGACCAGCUACCAGAGGAAGUCAAUGUGGGAGAUGUGGGAGCGCUGUGCCCACCACCUCACUGAGGCCAUUCAGUACGUGGUGGAGUUCGCCAAGCGGCUCUCAGGCUUCAUGGAGCUGUGCCAGAAUGAUCAGAUCAUACUACUGAAAGCAGGAGCAAUGGAAGUCGUCCUCGUCAGAAUGUGCCGGGCCUACAAUGCCAACAACCACACAGUCUUUUUUGAAGGCAAAUACGGUGGUGUGGAGCUGUUCCGAGCCUUGGGCUGCAGCGAGCUCAUCAGCUCCAUAUUCGACUUUUCCCACUUCCUCAGCGCCCUGUGUUUUUCUGAGGAUGAGAUUGCCCUCUACACGGCCUUGGUUCUCAUCAAUGCCAACCGUCCUGGGCUCCAAGAAAAGAGGAGAGUGGAGCAUCUGCAAUACAAUUUGGAGCUGGCCUUUCAUCAUCAUCUCUGCAAGACUCAUCGACAAGGCCUCCUAGCCAAGCUGCCACCCAAGGGGAAGCUGCGGAGCCUGUGCAGCCAACAUGUGGAAAAGCUACAGGACUUCCAGCACCUCCACCCCAUCGUGGGCCAAGCCGCCUUCCCUCCACUCUAUAAGGAACUCUUCAGCACUGACGUUGAGUCCUCUGAGGGGCUGUCAAAGUGACCCGGAGGAAGGACAACUUUCUACUUCCUUCAGCCCUCUGACCGUCUCCCUGGACUCCACUCACCAGCCUUUCCCUCUCUGCACUCUGUGAAGGGUGAUCUCCCUAGGAGUCAAAUACUAAGACUGGUUUCUGCCCCUAGGCUUGCCCGGUAGUGCCACAGCAGCAAGCGAUGGAGAAAAGGCUUGUCAUGUUUGAUUUCCCUUAAGUUCCACCCUGGCUCUGGAAGCUGUGGGGUAGAUGGGAUAUAGGAUGACCGAGUCAAACAAACAAAAAGCCAGAAAGACAAACAUCGGGGAUAAAUCCAAGUACCUGGGAUGAGAGAACUCAAAUCUAGGCUCAGAAGCUGAUAACAGACCUUUCAAUACCUCACUGUAUUUCCCCACAGGCUCCUCUGGGGGAGAUGGCUCUAGCUCAGAGACUGGGGGCAAGCACCCAGAAGGACCUGUAUAUAACAAGAAUAUGGAUUCUUGAGAUUUUCUGCCUUCCUUCUUCCUAGUUGAGAAAUGUUGUUGACCCCACCCCCACCCCACCCCACCCCGACACACACGCGUUUUCUGGGACCUAAAAUGCCUGGAUACACAAUGAAUGAGAGUGGGGUGGAGAUAAGGGCCCAGGAUAACUGUUUUAUGGGAGUUGGGUAUGGAGAAGGAUAUCACUGGCAAAAUUAGAAUGCAAACCGCUUGUGUAUGCUCUAAAAGUCAAAUUUGUUACCACAGUCUAACCAGAGACAGCCAUCCACACAGGUGGAGCACACAGUGGCUCUGCCUCUGAUGACACAGUUCUACAGACAGGUUUCUUCUGACACAAUCUCUUCCUUGAGGUCACAGCUCUGAGAAGCCAUAGGGUCUUAGGGGAAAGUUCCAAUCCAUACAGGACACUAGAACACAACAUCGCAGCCCCAGCUGUCUUCUGUCCCAAGAACGAUCCGUAAAAGAAGCAGAGGACUUGAUGCUGACGGCCAGAAUCCAGGGACCAGCACUUGGGAGGAUGCCCUUGACUUCAGUCUACACUGCCUGUCCAUGGGGAAGGAGGGCACCCCCCCACCCCCCCGCUCUGUACCUGUGGGCUGCUGACCCCAGUAUGAAGGAGUGACUAGGGACAGGACAGGGACCGGUUUCUCCUUCACAAUCUUGCUCAGAAUUUCUCUCAGUUUGUAAGCUGCAGACUCUCCCAGGAGGUGUAAGCAGCAGAUGAGAGGGAGGAAGGGUUUUUUUUUCCCCCUCUCAACAGAAGGGUUUAGCUAGGUGAACAUAAACCCCAACUUGUGCCAUUGUUUAUAAAACGAUUUUAAAGGCUGGA